AUGGCUGAGGAAAGCAUUAUUCGAGAUCAGAUCGUGAUAUCUGAUGAAGAACAAGAAAACGACGGAAAUUUCCUACUGAACUUGACCCAUACAAAAUGCCACCCGCUACGAACUCGGUUUAUUCGAUAUACAAUAGCUUUACCAGAGUAUCCUAUAUCAGAUCCUGAUGGCUUUACCUACAUAGUCGCAGUUCCGGGUCAAGAGCAGAGUGCGGUUGCUAACGCGAUCUCAAGCGUUCAAUAUGCGAUGCGGCUGAAUUAUCGAGAACGGCCUAUGAAUAGUGAGACUAUCUUUGGUAGUGUACCACUACUACAUACCUCUGCUUAUUGCACUGGAGUGAAGCUCUGUCAAUACGCCGAUCCGGCGCUUAAAGAUAUGAAGCAUACGUCUAUAUCAAAGACGCAGUGGGAUGAAAUUGAAGCUAUUCGAGAGGGUAUUCCUUUAGCUGAAACAGAGCAAGUGAAGCGAAGGACAUAUAUGAAAUACCUUAUAGCAGUCAAGCUUUUUCGGGAUCGGAGGUCAUGCGGCGUGUCCUGGAAGGAUACAUGUAAACCAACGCUAGAAUGGGGGAGUUACUUGGAACCUUCCGGAGUUCUCGCUGCCUAUAUUAGAUGCGUGAAUACAGGGGACGCACUCCAUACUCAUUUUACACAAAAAGUCAUCGAUAACCAUAGAUUCGACAUGGUAUUACUCGAAUGGCUAUUUCGUGAUAUCGCCUCUAUUGAGCAUGAGUUUUGCGGCAAUAUUGAGGCUAAUAAAGGCCGCGCACAAUUCUGCCUCACAAACCAUCUUCAAGGGCGCGGGAAGCUUCAAAUCAUAGGAUGCAAGGUACAAUACCAUUGGCUAGUGCCAGUCAACCUCACAACAACCCCUUUCUACGCCUUUUUAUCGAUAGGUAUCCAUUCGCAUCCUCCUCCACCUCCAGCAAAGCCUCCACAGGCAAUUCUCCUAGAUCUGAUCAAGGUUAUUAGGAGUAUGGAAAUUAGGAACCUCACUCCGGUUGCUUUUCUUAUGUCACCUGAGCUUAAGGCGUUUUGUGCGCAGUUUAAUGCGCUCUCUCUUAACGAAAUUCAUGGAAGUCUAGGAAAUAUGGGCCGGAUUGCUGCUAUUAUUCAGAAGGAGCGUCUCCUAGCCUACCCACAGGGUCAAGGAAAAAAUGGGCUUCUUUUUCAAUGGCAAAUAAACCAGGGCAACAUCAGGGAAUACAUUGUUGAGAUUACCGAUACCCUUAUCAUCUGUCAGACUAGAGAGCAAGCCGAGAUCAUGCAACGUUCCGAGAGUUUUGAGGUCGAUAUGUCCUAUAAGAGGGUUAAGGAUUCUAAGACCCAAGAGGUUGUCUUCGCUAAAUUUGUGGAAAAGCAAAAUCGAAUCAUUACUCUUGCUCGCGUUUUUACCUCAGGCAAAUCAGAUGAAGAGGCUUAUGCGUUGAUAUUUAGUAGGGUAUCAGCCUCUACACAGCGUUAUACUGGUCGGCCCUUACGCUUCUUCCCAAUUCAUGGGUCUGGGAUCCAGGCUGUUGUGAUGGAUAUGGACUUAGGACAGUGGAAUGGUCUCGCACGUUAUCUCGAUUCAAUCUCCGAUCUUAAUAUCCCAAAGGAGGAACUAGCUAUGUCUCUAGUUAUCUUCUGCCAGAUACACUUCAAACGAGGAAUUAGAGAGUGUCUACGUGGGGUGAAAUAUCGCCAUGGAGCGAAAGAAAGGAUGAUGUCUAUACUCGAUACGCCAACGAAAGAGGACUACCAGGUAGCGCUUCGUAUAAUUAUUGAGUCAGAACCUUCCGUCAAGAUUCAAGAGUGGGCGAAGCACAAAAUGAGAGACAAUAUUGCAUCAGGCCUUCAUCGGGGUAGUACUAAGGUCCCAUGGCUAGUCUUUGAUCAGACUCGGCAUAAUACGAACGCAGUUGAACAGAGCCACUUUAAGGUCAACAAUCGGGGCCGUCAGCUUACGCUUAUACAAGCGAUUGAUAAUGGAAGAGCAGUUGAUCGAAAGGAUAUGGAAGAGUUUCAGUCCUUUGAAAAGAAGCGCUUACGGCCACACUACCGUGCGAACACGACUAGUGAGGCUAUGUAUAGUCAUAUGGCGAGAUGUGCCGACCGCCAACAGGAGGAAUUUCACGAUCCAAACAAAGCGCCCUCCGAAAACUCGAUAUCUAUGUCCUUUUCUACGACAGGAGUUCCAGUUCAAACUCGUCUAGUAAAAAGGCUAAAAGUAUCACGAAAAAAGCAAGACGAAACGACCCGGCCGGAUAUAUCGGGAAUCGAAGACCUUCAAAAGGAAGAAGAGGCGGAGGAUAUAAGGGCAAGAGUGCUAGAAAAGCGUCUUGCAAAUAGGAAGAGAGAGUUAGAACUAGAAAAACUAAAUUGA